UUAUUGGAGUCAUGAUGCGUUGCAUGCUGAAUAUUUGGGGAGUCAUCCUGUUUCUGCGCGUAACGGUGAUCACUUCUCAGGCAGGCAUUGUGUUGAUGUGGGUUAUUAUCGGGUUGUCUGUCAUGGUGACCACAAUUACUGGCCUCUCCAUCUCUGCCAUCGCCACCAACGGGAGAGUGGUCUCAGGAGGGGCGUAUUUCAUGAUCUCCCGCUCUCUGGGUUAUGAACUUGGUGCCCCAAUUGGGUUGAUCUUUUCCUUCGCCAACGCUCUGGCCUGUGCGCUCAACACCGUUGGCUUUUCAGUUGUGGUCCGGGAUCUAAUGCUGGGUUAUGAUGUCGUCAUUGUCGAUGCCGUGAAUGACGUCAGAAUUAUUGGCACGAUCACAUUAGUUAUUCUUCUGAUGAUUGUAUUGGCUGGAAUGGAGUGGGAGUCCAAGACCCAGAUUUUGUUCUUUUUAAUUCUCUUGAUCUCGUUUGCUGACUACCUGGUGGGCACAAUCAUCCCGCCCUCUCAAGAGAAACAGUCCCAAGGCAUCUUUGGAUACAACAAGGACAUCUUCAUAUCGAACCUGACACCAAACUGGAGAGGAUCUGACGGCAACUUUUUCCGGAUGUUUUCUAUUUUCUUUCCCGGUGCCACUGGCAUCAUGUCUGGAGUCAACAUCUGUGGCGACCUCAAAGACCCUGCUACUGCUAUACCCAAAGGCACCCUAGGGGCCAUUUUAGUUACUACACUCUCCUAUCUAAUUCUUUCUGUAACUUCUGGUGCAUCUGUGGUGCGGGAUGCCUCUGGUAAUAUGAGUGAUUUUGUUGGUGGAAACAUCACUGGUGACUGUGUGGGCCUGGGAUGUCAGUUUGGCUGGAACUUCACAAAGUGCAUCGUGUCAAAUAAUUGUCAGUAUGGUCUGGCCAACACUUCAAAGGUAAUGGGCCUACUAGCAGGUUCGUACUACAUCAUCAUAGCUGGUGUCUUUGCAGCCACCUUGUCAUCUGCUCUUGGCUUCCUCGUCUGCGCUCCUAAAGUCUUUCAGUGCCUAUGCAAAGACAAGAUAUACCCAUACAUUUGGGUCUUUGCAAAGGGCUAUGGGAAAAAUAAUGAGCCAAUCCGUGCCUAUAUACUCUGCUUCUUCAUUGCUUUGGGCCUCGUUCUCAUUGGUGACCUGAACACCAUCGCAGCCUUGAACUCCAACUUAUUCAUGUGUUCCUAUUGCCUCAUCAACUUCAGCUGCUUUCACGCUUCACUCACAAACGCUCCCGGUUGGAGGCCAAUGUUUCGUUACUACAAUAAAUGGCUAGCUUUAUUUGCAUCAGUGGUCGCUGUGUUGCUGAUGUUCCUGUUUACCUGGUGGGCUGCUCUCUGCGUCUUUAGCUUCUUGAUUUUCCUGUUUGUAUACGUCACAUACAACAAGCCAAAUGUGAACUGGGGUUCAUCAGUCCAGGCAGGUUCAUAUAACAUGGCAUUGUCCUAUUCUGUCGCUUUAACUGGUGUCAACGAUCAUGUCAAAAAUUUUAGACCGCAAUGUCUGGUUCUGACUGGGCCACCAACCCAGCGACCAGCCCUGGUGGACUUUGUUGACUCCUUUACCAAACACGCAAGCCUCAUGAUCUGUGGAGACAUAAUCAUGAAUCAGGACAGGCAGACUCGGCCACAGGAUGACACAGAUCGGUUGGUAAAGUGGAUGAACAAGAGGAAGGUGCGCUCCUUUUAUUCUCCUUUCACUGCUGACAGCCUCAGAGUUGGAGCUCGGAACUUGCUACAGGCUUCUGGUCUUGGCAAACUGAAGCCCAACAUUCUGGUCCUGGGCUUCAAGUCAAACUGGAGGGACAGUUCUCCUGAAAGCAUUGAUGAUUAUAUCAACACCAUAUACGAUACCUUCGACACUAACUACUGUUUAUGUAUCUUGAGGAUGGUGGAAGGACUGGAUAUCUCUGACCAGCUUAAUUUUGAAGUGAACCAGGGAUUUGAGCCUGAUGAAUCUGUUGAAAACGACCAGCAAUCUCCUCAGAAGAAACCCGCUGACAUCCCCAAUGAAGACAACAGUAAUCAGAUCAAGACAGUGUUUCAGAUUGACCAGGGGAAGAAGACAAUCGAUAUCUACUGGAUAGCAGAUGAUGGAGGUCUGACUCUGCUGGUGCCUUACCUGCUCACCAGGAGAAAACGCUGGCACAACUGUAAGGUCAGGGUCUUCAUCGUAGGAGACGAAGAAAACAUGGAGGAAAGCCGCACAGAGAUGCUUCGUCUUCUGGAUCGGUUUCGUUUUGGUUUUAAGGAAGUUCUAGUCAUGACUGACAGCGAGAAGCGUCCACAAGCCAAGAACCUUGAAAGGUUUGAGGACAGUGUCGCCCCCUUCAGGCUAUAUGAUGAACAGCAGGAUGGUGUCUCAGCUCAGGAACUGAGAGAAAACGCUCCAUGGAAAAUAUCAGACAAAGAGUUUGAGGCCUUCAGACAAAAGUCUGAGACCAAAGUGAAGCUGAAUGAAAUCAUCCGGAGGAAUUCAAUAUACGCUGGUCUCGUGGUUGUGAGCCUUCCUGUGCCACACAGCGACUGCACUAGUGCUCUGUACAUGGCCUGGUUGGAUACUCUGACCUGUGGCCUCCACUGCCCUGUGGUGCUGAUACGAGGAAACCAGGAGGAUGUGCUUACUUUCUACUGCCAGUGAAUGAAAAAAUUGUCUUACAGGGAUGGACACUAAAUUAAGCCACACUAACCUAUGAAGUUAAAAAAUUUAAAUGUUCAUGCAAUUGGUGCCAAGGGUUACAAAAAACUUUUUUUUAAAUAAUAUUAACUAUAACUAAUAUUUGAACAUAAGACAAUUAGUAGAAUUUCCAGAGUAAGAGAUCUCAGAGGCAGUGAUGGAAGAUAACACCAAGCAGUUACUUGCAUCACUGUCAUCAAGAUCAUCUUCAGGGCGAUGUGGAUGCAAAUGUCAUCUUAGUCAGGCGCCCCUGGCCAAAGGCUGCCGGUGAAAGCAAAGAGUGUACACCGCUGAAGCUACCCGGCCGGAGCCAUAACCUAGAACAAAAAGUGAUAAAAGACCCACCCAGACCCAAACACUUUCAUGUGUUUGUCUCCACUUCUUCCAUGCCAGAUAAUGUUAUCCUAAUCAAUCAGAACCUGGGAGGACGCCUUAUAUUACUGCAGAGAGCAUCACUGUGACCUGGUCUCCAUCACCAACCUAGACCAGCAGAGAUGGGUCCAAGAGAGAGCCAAGUAGGCCGACAGUCCUUACGUCUGGCUGGGACUGUAAUAAACCUGCUCUCUGGAUUUCUGGUUCUGGGUCAGUGACGAGGUGAUCUGCUAUAAGAACUGGGACUCACAUAAGACGGAUGAUGAAUGUGACACGUCUGGAGUCAUGGACAGAGGAGGACAACAUAAGUGGUUCAAAAAGAUUGAAAAUGAGGAGUUUAAUUUCAUCUGUUCUAAGUAAAAACCCUCUAAUCACUGGUAGCUGGCAUUUGAUUCAUUUACUCACUUUGUUUGCAGUGGUGUGACGUUGACACAGUAUACAGGAGUAUAGCCUCUGAUUUUAUUGACUGGCAUUCUGGGAAAUGUACAAAUCACAACCGAAGGGGGAGAGAUAUGAAAUUACUAACAGACUUUCUAACAGCAGAUUUUAGAUUGAGGGAAGAUUAUUGAGGAUAUGAUCCUGUAACAGGUUUUUCUGUCUCCUGAUUCUGAUUCGCCUGAAUGAUCACUAUUUUUUAUUUCCUGAAGUUGUUAUAUUUUCAUAUGUGGAUCCUUUUUUCAUCUAUUGAGGUUGUAUUUAGUUUUCUGUAUAAUUCAAAAUGUAUAGGUUUCACCCAUAUGUAUGGCAGGAAAAGGAAUAAAUACACCAAUCUACAGUAUAGAGGUUUGAUUUUCUUCUUUUUAUUGACUUUUGGUGAAUAUCUGGUGAUUGUUAUAUCAUGUAAAAUCUAUGUAUCCCAUUUGUUUGAGUUUUAUGUAAGCAAUUACUUUCUUUCUCUGAGGCUGAAUAAACUGUUAAACUACA